AUGGAUCAGGUCAAGAUGGAGACCUGCACCCGCUGCAAGGAACGGUGGUUUGUGAUGGAUCUAAAGGCUGAGGUCUGCCACGCCUGCUUCUUGCGAGAUAAGGGCAGCAAAACACCCUUCCUCAUGUCCGCGGAGAACGAAAUGGACCCAGGAGAGCUCCCGGCCCACCUGCCAGAGCUUACACAAGUAGAAGAGAUGAUCAUCGCCCGGUCCCAUGUGCAGAUGAUGGUCCACCGCUACCGUGGCCACCAGUACCACUACUCGGGACACUGUGUAAGUUUUAUGCAGAACACGGUCAAGACGGUUGACGUGCUACCUAAUCUGCCGUCUGAACUAGAUAUCGUGAUUUUACGACCUUCGGAUCGGGUUGUCGACAGUGAUCCGCGAUACCGACGCCAGUUCCGGUCCGAUUUUCGGGUCCGUAAGGGGCGUGUGAUUCCGAUUUUCGGGUCCGUAAGGGGCGUGUGA